GGAUUUCAAAUAGAUAUUUCUUUUUUAUUUCAAUCUGAAAAGGGAGCUUCUAGUGCAAUUGAAUGUGGAUGCCGUUUCCAUUGAAUAGAUAUUAAAUUAGAGUUCUUCGUUUUGGAAAUACCACCAAAUUUAAAAAAAUUUACGUUUGUUCUUGGUUUGGGAAUCAAUGUAACGUUACUGCAUUGCAUAAUUCAGAGAAAAAUGUCUAAAAUAUUUGAACCUCUAACACAGGAGGAAAUAGAUGAAUUUGCGGCCGCCUUCUCCGUAUUUGAUAAAGAUGCUAAAGGAGUAAUCACCACGCAACAAUUAGGUAUUGUUAUGCGUUGUCUGAAUCAGAAUCCUUCUGAGGCCCAGUUGGAUGCAAUGGUCCAGGAAAUUGAUCCAAAUGGCACUGGUAUUAUUGAUUUCCAUGGAUUUCUUGUUGUGAUGGCACGCAAUAUGAAGGAACCAGAUAAAGAAGAGGACAUCUGUAAGGCUUUUCGUGUUUUUGAUAAAGAUGGCACAGGUUUCGUUACGCUUGCCGAACUUAAACAUAUUAUGACCAACUUUGGUGAAAACCUUACUAAUGAUGAAAUCGAGGAGUUGAUACGCGAGGCCCAGAUUACGAACACUGAACUAAUUGACUACAAGAAGCUAGUUGCUAUGAUGGCUCCCAAGUGACAUAGUUUUGCCAACACGCCUAAAAAUUUCAUGUAAUUAUGUAUUUCAAUCAUUGAUUGUUUAUUUGUAAAAUGAAUUAAGCGGUUCAAAAGCUUGAUGUAUUUUAAAAUAAAAAUC